GAUAAAGCGACAUUUUUCUGUUUUGUGUUGAACGAAAAACAAAGCUCAAUAAAAAGGAAAGGAAUAAACAAUUAGUGAAAAAAUGGAAGACAAUAACACUCCCGAAGCACCUUCACCUUGCACAGCUGGUUGUGGUUUUUAUGGAAACAAGAUUUACAACAACAUGUGUUCGAAAUGUUUCAAAGAACAUGAAGCGCAAAACAAAAUGGAUAUUGUUCAUACAGCUACAUCCAAUAAUAAUACAACGACCACAUCCACGCCAAAGAUGAAAGUGAUAGAAACUCCCAAUUUACUCAUUUCCACUCCUUCUGCAACUGCAACUGCAACUGCUACAACAAAUACAAAUGUCGCAGCAUCCGCACUGACAACACCACCACCACAAGAAGCUUUGAAAGAUAAAGUGAUAGAAGACUCCGCAGCAGCAAUAGCAAUCACAGAAACAGCACCACAAAAGCCGAAAGAAGACACGAAUGAUGAUAAGGAUGCUCCUAAAAAACCAGUGCAAAAGAAUAAAGGACGUUGUUUUGAAUGUCGCUCAAAAAUUCCUCUUGCUAAACAAUUAACAAACAAAUGUCGUUGUGAUUAUAUCUUUUGUGAUACUCAUCGCUUCCCCGACAAACACCAUUGUACAUUUGAUCAUGCAAAGAAUGAUAAAGAUAUUUUGGCUAAAUUGAAUCCAAAGAUCAAUGACAAACCUCGUGGUGGCAACUCAUUCCAACGUAUUGAUAGUUUCUAGUCAUAGCUAAAACCGCAACGUGUCCCCCUCCCCCCACAAAUCGUGGGAUGCAAUGAUAUAAUAAUACAAUAAAUGAUAUUUAUCACAUCAUUCUGUCUUUUAAGGAACGAGAAAUAAAAAAGAGGGGAUUGCGUGGCCGUGUUAAAAAAAAAAAAAAAGAAAAAAAUAAAUUAUUUUGCUUUGUCCCUUAAAGGAAAUUUCACGUGAACUUUUUCCUUCUCUCGCUCUCUCUCUCUUUUUUCUCGCUCUAUCAACAAAAAAAAACCCCCCCAUGAUGUUUAAGGGGCU